AUGAACGAGGACCCACGCACGGCGACGCGCGUCGACGUCGUCGUCGCCGGGAACGGGCCGAUCGGCGCGGCGUGCGCGAGGCACGUCAGCGAGCGUCGACCGGAGCUGCGCGUGGCGGUGCUGGACAGCGAGCGGCUGCGGAGCGGGAGCGAUGAUCUGGGACGCAUCGCGCGGCCGCUCGACGCGGAGGGACGAGACGAGUGGACGGCGCUGAACGCGCGAUCGAUCGAUGGGUUCGAGGAAGCGGAGCGACUGAGCGGGAUACAGUUUUUCACGCGUAAAGGGUCGCUGGCGAUCGGGAGCGAGGCGUUCGUGGAGCGAGGGGCGGCGCGGUUGCGAGCGCGAGGGGUGACGCACGAGCGAAGGACGAACGCGGACGGCGGCGUCGCGGAGGCGUGGGGAUUUCUCGCGCGAGAUGGGAUUCCGAGCGAGUACGAGGCGGUGUGGGACGAAGUCGGGGGGUACGUGAACCCGCACGCGAUGCGAGCGGCGCAGAACGCGCUGAUGCGGAGGGCGAGCGAGGGGAGGGCGACGGUGACGCGGACGACGUGCGAACGCGUGGAAUCGAACGCGGCGACGGGCGAGUGCGAGGUGCGCACGUCCACGGGGGAGACGUACGCGUGUGACGUGUGUGUGCUCGCGUGUGGGUUCUACACCGAGCCCCUGGCGCGCGAGUGCGGGUUAUUGACGGACGACGCGAGCGCGGAUUUCGGCGACGUGAAAAUCGCGCGGCGCACCGUUUUACUCGCCGAGGUGCUCGAGUCCGAAGCGCUCGGCGCGCUCGCGACGAUGCCCACGAUCAAGUACGAGGCGAAAUCCGUCUACGUGUUGCCGCCGAUUUAUUACCCGGGCCCCGAACCCGCGCCGGGGUGGUACAUCAAGAUCGGUGGAGGCCCGCUCGACUACUUCGACAAGAGCGACCCGAGUUGGGCUCGCACCGAACGCGAGCUCGCGGAUUGGAUGUCCAGCGACGGCGACGAAGUCGUGGCGGAUCAGCUCCAAGAAAUCUUAUUCCACUUGUUUCCUUCGACGAAUUUCCAAAGCUUGACGUCCAAGGCGUGCGCGUACUCCACGUCCGACGACGGUUCGUUGAAAAUUCAAACACUAGGCCCAGGCGCGAACAUCAUAGCCGUCGGUGCGUGUCAGGGCAAGGGCGCCGGACCCGCGGACGCGAUCGGCGCCGACGUCGCCGAGCGCGCGCUCCGGGCGCUCGACGCGCGCCGCGCGCCGUAA